CCUACACAUUUUAGAGUUCAGCCUCUGUAAAUCUACUUCGAAUUCAGGUCAAUCAAAUGGAAGCGAUGAAGACGACAUCAAUCACAUGACCCAGCACCUUUAGCCUUUUGGUAUACAAAGCAUUCUAGCUCCCGAUUGCUCCACAACUCGUCACCCGAAGAUGGAAAACUUUUGAACCGCAUUGUUGUUGACUUUUGAUCUUAGUCAGAGGCUAUUUGAUCUUCCUUCUGGUUCCUAACAAAACAAACCUCUUCCUCUUUUGUGCAUCACGUUCAGCCUUAUCCCCGGCGUUGAUCAUCGAACUGAAUCACAUACCAACCUGAACAUCCCGAUCCUGACCGAGGCGCUGCGCUCACGGUUAUUUAUUCCUCGCCGCCAAAAAUUCUUCGCCCCGCUCUUUUCUCUUCCCUUCUUUGACAAUGUUGGACCAAAUGGCGAACGAAAUCAAACUCAUCUCGGGGAGCUCCCACCCGGAGAUCAGUGCCAAGGUCGCCAGUCGACUCGGUAUUGAUAUCGCAAACACUAUGAGCUUGAACUACUCCAACCGAGAGACUAGUGUUUCAAUCGGAGAGUCUGUCCGUGACGAGGAUGUGUUUAUCCUUCAGUCCACUGCUCCUGGAGAUGUCAACGAUGGCCUCAUGGAGUUGCUCAUCAUGAUUCAUGCUUGUCGAACUGCCUCGGCCAGACGGAUCACUGCUGUUAUUCCCAGCUUUCCUUAUGCGCGACAGGACAAGAAGGACAAGUCACGAGCUCCCAUCAGUGCUAAGCUCAUUGCAAACAUGCUCCAGGUUUCUGGUUGCAAUCAUGUUAUUACAAUGGAUCUCCACGCCUCGCAAAUUCAGGGUUUCUUCAACGUCCCCGUGGACAACCUCUACGCUGAACCUUCCGUGCUUCGCUGGAUUCGCGAGAACCUCAGUGUCGACAACUGUGUCAUCGUUUCUCCCGAUGCUGGUGGAGCCAAGCGUGCGACAUCUCUUGCUGACCGCCUGAACACCGGUUUCGCCCUCAUCCACAAGGAGCGACCCCGACCUAACGUUGUUGGCCGCAUGGUUCUUGUCGGUGAUGUCAGUGACAAGGUCGCCAUUCUUGUUGACGACAUGGCCGACACCUGUGGCACUCUCGCCAAGGCUGCUGCCACCGUCAAUGAGCACGGCGCCAGGGAGGUGUAUGCGAUUGUUACUCACGGUAUUCUGAGUGGUAAGGCCAUCGAUACCAUUAACAACUCAUGCCUCUCUGGUCUCGUUGUCACCAACACUGUUCCCUUGGGUGACAAGAUUGAGCGAUGCCCCAAGCUCAAGGUCAUUGAUGUCUCCGGAACACUUGCCGAGGCUAUUCGACGAACUCACAACGGAGAAUCCGUGUCUUACCUCUUCAAUAACGUCCCCGUUUAAAGUCUUAGAUACUAGAAAGCAAGGUGAAAAAAAACAAGGUUAUGGAGUUGGUAGGUUCGGUCGUUUCAAUGAAGCCGCAGUUGCGAACUAACAGCCAGCAAGCGGCGUCCUUCUAUUAGAACUGAGGCUUGGGCCAAGUCGGAUUUUCAGUCAUUUGGGUAAAACUUCCAAAACCCACAAAAAGAGGUUUACUAGACUAUAUGUUGCACGAAUUCGCUAGAAGCUGGAUCCUAUGUUCAGAUGAUGCAUGUGCGAUGUUGGCUCCGCGCACAUGUAGUUCUGUUCCGCACGAACUUGGAUUGAUCGCAGGUUUCCUUCUGUUCAAUCAUUUAGUAGUACGUAUGAGUUGAGUUUUAGUAUUCAAUCGAUCCAUCGGCUUGAAUCAUACUGAGUAAAGAACUACAAGUAAAGAAUCUGAAGAUUUAGCUAUUUAAGGGUUCUUGCGGGAUGCUUCACGAGCCUACUAGUGUCUUGGGACAGAGUUAUUUUGAGGCGAUAGAUAUGGCAGGUUAUCCGUGUUGACGAGGAAGUCCAAUUGUAAGCCUUAGCUAUAUCAACGUAUCAUGCCCUCACAGCAAGACAGCUGCUUCACUUUCGUGAGCAAUCCCGCCCGUCCCAGGUAUUCAUAUAUGUAUUAGGCAUUCGAUUAUAGUGGAAAUAAGGGAUCAGUAAUUGAUAUAAUAAUAUCAUAUACCAUUGCUAC